AUGAGGCGCUCUCGUCUCGCGGAGCGCAUUGCGGCGGGCGAAACAUUGGUCCUUCACGCGGACAGGAUAUACAAGCUGGAUGCAUGGUUGUCCAGGCAUCCUGGUGGAGAGCUGGCCAUCCUGCACUUUGUUGGCAGAGACGCGCACGACGAGAUAGAGGCGUACCACAGCGACGGGACGCUUCGCCGCAUGAAGAACUUUGUCAUCGCCAGAUUGGACCCUCGAGACGCUCCCAAGGACGUGGGUUACAAGCCACUAACUCCGCCAGUGCAGCUUGGAUAUAGGUCCGGCAAGCUGGAUCACCCUGAUGCGCAGUGGACAGCCUGGCAACAGGCCCAGGGAGGUCUCGAUGGUCGAUCGGAGGAGUACGAAGUGGAAGAUCUGCUCUCCGAAGCCAACGCUGCUGGCAUGGCGACCACCUCUGAAAAGCCCGCAUCAGAGCGAGCAAACGCGCAGUCCAGUCGACCACAGGGCUUUCCUCUCCCUGUGGCGUUGCUAGAGCCUCCCGUUCCACCAGACGGCAUCGACCCGGCAGAAGAGCGUGCGAUUAGCAUGGCCUAUCGAGAGAUGCACGAGCAGGUCAAAGUCGCGGGGCUCUACACCCUUCGCCCAAUCGGAUAUGCUAGAGAGCUUGCAAGGUACAUGCUGCUGUUCGCAUCUUUUGCGUAUUGCUACGCGCAAGGGCAUUUCUUGCUAUCCUCGCUUCUGUUGGGCCUGUUUUGGCACCAAGUCACGUUCUCGGCACACGACGCAGGACACACUGGUAUCACGGGUGUCCACGCAAUCGAUCGUGCGAUCGGCAUUUUCAUCGCUUCGCCCAUCGGAGGGCUGAGCAUCGGUUGGUGGUGCGACAAUCACGAUGUACACCAUCUUGUGACCAAUCAUCCAGAGCAUGACCCAGACAUCCAACACAUGCCAUUUUUUGCGAUAUCGCCAAAGUUUCUCGUCGAAAAGUCUCCCUCUAGCAAUCAUGUCUCGGGAUCCGCGGAAGCAGAGCAGACCCGCAGCGAAGAGGUCAAGGCGCCGUAUGGCCUUUGGAGCAGCUACUACCGCCGCGUCCUCCUCUUCGACGCCCCGUCGCGCUUCUUUUUGCGACACCAACACGCGCUGUACUACAUUGUCAUGUCCUUGGGUCGCUUCAAUCUCUACGCCAACUCCUACGGCUUCCUAGCCAAGACGGCUCGCUUCAACGACAUUUGGUGGUGGGCUGAAGUGUCUGGAGUUGGAUUCUUCUGGGCAUGGUUUGUCGCCCUGCUGCAUGGUUGUCCAGAUUGGAAGACGAGAAUUGGGUACCUGCUCAUCUCACACAUCGCCACCUCUCCGUUGCAUGUCCAAAUCGUCCUCUCUCACUUCGCUCAGUCCAGCGAUGACCUGGGUCUGUACGAGUCUUUCCCAUCUAGACAAGUCCGCACCACCAUGGAUGUCAGUUGUCCCCCGCAGCUCGACUUCCUGCACGGAGGUUUGCACAUGCAAGUCUCUCAUCACCUCUUUCCCCGCAUCCCUAGGCACAACCUCAGAGAGGUGCGCGACCGGUUCGUACGCCCCUUUUGCGAAAAGCAUGGACUUCGCUACACCGAAUACGGCUUUGUCGAGGGCAAUGGCCUCGUGCGCGAUACUCUCCGGAAUGUUGCGGGACAGGUCAAGCUGCUCGGCAAAGUAGCCAAGGCACAGGCUCGAGGGGAAUUGCACUAG